AUGGAUCCCGAUGUUCAAUGUUCAGUCUCUUCACGAGACGAGCGGCUGUACGCGGAAAUGGAAGAAAUGAGGAGUCCUAUAAAAGAAGCCGUGGAUGUGUUUGGCCUCUCCGGUUCAACUCGCAUUGAAAUCACAAGUCCGCAAACACCAGACAUUUCAAUGUGUCUGUCCGAGAAGGUAACAUCAUUGGAAGUUCAUAUGAAUGCACUGAAAAAUCGCCUCGUCUUCAUGAAAAAUGGAAUGAGUAAGGUAUACCGGAACGAACUCUUCACUUAUGAUCUUACGAAGCCGAAACCGACAGUGAUCCACAGGCCUUCUUCAAAAAUCCAAUCUUUUCGGAAGUUCCUCGGGUUGGCUGUGUCUGAGAGCCAUGUGCAACGGUGCAACACACGAUUUCGUGAAUUUAAGUUCAAGUACAUUUACUCUCCGGUUAUUGGCCUUAUCCGAGCAGUGAAGAAUGAAGACGGUUGCCGGGUUGAACGGGGAAAAGUCUAUAUGUUCAACGUAAAAGAUAGCAGAACGCCAAGCUAUCGUGAAUCGAACGCUCCGGCAAUAGUUGCUAUCACUGCGACCAAACGCCAAGAACUCCCAAAUCUACUCUACACAUACAUUGACGAAGAAAAUCAGUUGAAGAUUGCCCGUAAAUUUAAAAUUGAUGUCACCCAGUUCAAAAAUGAUUCCAAGAGAUUACAAGAUUACACCUUCCAAGACAGCUUCUUAGGAAAAGUUGAUUUUCCUCGAGAACAUCAGAAAUCUUUCCUUAAGAUUAUCGAAGAACAAGGAUUGAGAGGCGAAAUCGAAAUUGAAUUAAUUGUGGGAUUGUACGAAGACUAUGUAAGAAGGAAUCGCAGAAUCGUCGAAAACGUAAUAUUUUUGGUGACAAAAUUAAAGUCGGUUAAUUUUACUCAAAAAAUUUCGAUUUCUUAA